AGACCAGUGCAGAUACACCAGGCCCAGGGCACCACACUGACCAGGUGUGUCGCCUCUGUGCGGGGCACAUUUUCCUGGCCUUCUCCUUUGAGCAGCUCUCAGUGUUUUCUUGUUUCUUGAAGUGCUGCAGCAGCAGUAGCAGGACUCGGUCGCCAGGCGCCCGCCCCUCCUCUCCAGCAUCAGCACCGCUCUGCCGCAUCUUCUUCCCAGCUGCCCGCGCGACGUCAGCGUGCUUUGUCAUCACGCAGGGCAGGUUUCGGUUUGCAAACACACUGCUGUGUGUCAGUGUCAGGGGUUCGCUGAGGAUCAGGGAGCAGCAGAGGGAGGGAGGGGCGAGAGGAGGAAGAGGAGAACCUGUAAUGACGAAGCUGUGAGGAUUUCAACGUUUGACCUCGGCCCACGGGGCGCUGGACUCUACGUUGUUUUGUUCGCGUGACGUGCCCCACGAGGCCGAGAGGUACAAGGUGCCGGACGGGCUGAUGAGCGGCAGGAACGCGUGACUGCUGGGAGGAACGAGGAGAAGAGGGAGGAGGAGGAGGAGGAGGAGGAGGAUGCUGUUAGUGCUGGAGCAGCAGCAGGAGGAGGAGGUGGGGGUCUAGAUGCGCGUGUGCGGACCACCACUAAACCCCUGAGGUGGACUCGCUAACGAUCGAAACCUGCGGAGAGCAGAUUCCAUUCCUGGCGGCCUGCUAUUUUUGGUGCAUUUUGAAAAUCGAUGUGAGAUAUUUAUUUCCUGUCCGUGUCGAGGUAAUUAGUCUGACUUCCACGACACCGGCCGAUGUGAUCUCGGGGGGUUUGAAUCUCCAUGCCUGCGUUUCGUGCUCGGUGACAGGAUGAGGACCUAACGUAAGGUCACGCAGGGGCGGAGGAAGAGGAUAGAGGGGGCUCACGCCGGGGUUUGGCUCGCGGGCUAAAUGUGGACGAUCGGACGGUCGGCGGUUCCUGUCCUCGUCGCUGCUAAAGGGAUCAAAUCCAGGAGCGGUCCGCGGCUUUUCUCCGGGAUGUCUCUCAUCUCGCGGCCUGCUCGCAUCUCCAGUUACUGCAAUGCCAGUGGCGAGAGGAGGUAAAGGAGGAGGAGGAAGGCAAAAGACGGACCGAAGGAAGCGUCCGAAACACACGAGUACAGCAGAAUAACAACAGCUCUGUGCGGUUUUCGUGUGUGGACGGAGAUAAAAAGCAGCGGAUUAAAUAGACAGUCGGUUCAAAUGAAACACCGUGACCUCAGCACAACGUCUGAAAUGUCAAAGCUGCGAGUAAGGCAGCUCUGAGUGUGUAGUGGCUGCUCAUUUGUCAACUUUCUGCUGACAAAGUUCUUGGCCUCACUGACUGGACUCUAGUGAACACCAGGAGGCGUUGCGCAGCACCUAUGGCACCUGCCAGUGGGGAGUUUGGUGCAUAACGAUCCUCAGACGUACACACGACUGACCUGUGCUGUAGAACAUCACCAGAGUGAGAGCUAACUGUCUCCCAGCAUCCUUUGCUGACGGAUGAGCCCACCAUGCCUUCGCCGUCAGACUCCAGCAGCGUGGCUUCGGCUUCGGGGUCUCGAGGUUGGUCCGACAGCCGUCGGGGCAUGUCGGGCCGGGGUCCUGGAGGUGCACGGCUGCUCCUUUACCUCGGGCUGUGUCACCUGGGCCUGGGGGCCAUGGUGCUGGCGUUCUCCUUCACCAGCAUGGCCUUCACCUCCUCGGCUCGUGUGAGGCAGUCCUGUCCGUUCUGGGCUGGAUUUUUUGUGGUGGCAUCAGGUAUAGUUGGAAUCAUCUCCUGGAAGAGACCUUUGACACUUGUGGUGUCGCUCUUCAUGCUGCUGUCUGCGGUUUGCGUCAUCCUCAGUCUGGCCGGCUCGAUGCUCUCCUGUCAGAACGCACAGAUGGUGAAGUCCAUGCUGACCUGCCAGGUGGAGAGCGGUCUGUGCGUGUGCUGUGUGCCCAACCACUCCUGCUCCAUCACUGAGGAGGACACCCUGGUCCUGUACCUGAAUGCUGACUGCCACUCGGUCAGGCAUCAACUGAAGGACCUUUUGUUCAGUGCCUGUGGUCUCAGCAUCCUGUCCACCAUCAUCUGUACGCUGUCCACGGUGACCUGCAGUAUUCAUAUAUUCUCUCUGGACCUGGUCCACCUGCUGGCUCCCCAUCGCUCUCGCUCAGUCAACCCAGAAUGCACCACUCCUCAGGACGCAUUUCUGACCAACAUCAUGGACUUUGAGGAGUUUGUCCCCCCCAUCCCUCCGCCGCCCUACUACCCCCCUGAGUACACCUGCAGCUCUGAGACGGACGCACAGAGCAUCACCUACAACGGCUCCAUGGAGAGUCCCGUCCCCCUGUACCCCACCGACUGCCCCCCUCCGUACGAAGCUGUGAUGGGACAGAGAGUUGCCAGUCAGGGAACAAUGUUCGAUCCCCAAGCCACCGAGUUGUCAGGAGAGAGAGGAACUUCUACGGCCUUCAGCGGAGAAGUGUCCAUGGACAGUGGAUCUCUGCUGAUGUCCGAGAUCGUGGACAUCCCUGACGAUUCGUCCCCAUCAGAGGACUCGUGUCUAAUGGAGGUCGGCCUACGGCGGGGGGCGAGGGGAAACAGGACCAGCAGUGAAGGAGAUGCCAGAGAUGAGAGGGAACACGUUGGUUUUCGUGGUCCACUGUCUCAAACACCAGAGAGUCCUCUGGCGGGAGGACCCAGGGUCAGACAGUUCCUCAGAGGGGAGAGGUCCAACUCCUGCUCCUCCCCCAGCACGGCCACCACAACAUACAGGUCUCCAGUUCUGCGUCGCCAGGCAAUGCUGGCCAGUAGCUGCUCCCAACUGGAAACGAUAAGAGGCUCCGGCUGCCACCAGCAGUACUGCAUCCCAGAAAUUAGAGUUUGUCCUGCCCAAGGAGGUGCUGCGACCUCUGCUGCCCCCUCUGCCACCGUUGCCAGUGCACAGUCCAAAGGUCAGGUUUUGACUGCCCUCCGGAAAAGAGCCGGCAGAGGUGAGAAGGACGGAGAGGUUGUGGGAAGGAACACCGAGGGACUGCCGCGCUUCAUGAGGUCACACAGUGAGCCGGGCCUGAGCUCCUCCACGGACACAGUUGAAUUCGGAGGACCCACCCUGGAAGACUCUGCAGGCAGCAAGGUGUCCAUGGAUACAGGUCCGUCCUCCGAGGCCUGUCUCUUGCCUCGCUCUUCUUCACCUCCUGCUGCAGCGUUGCCAGUUAAAGGCAGCAUCAAAUCCGCCACUCGAUCUCUGCAGAUCCCUCUCAAACCUCCGCCCACAAACUCACUACGUUUGCCCAAAGAGUGUCACCGCUCCCUGGGAGACCUGAAGGUGACACGAGUUCUGGUGGCCCGCUUCCUGCACCGCUCUAAACGCAACCUGGCUCCUGCCUCAGAGCAUGCUGGGAGCACAGGACAGGGACCGAAGAAACGGAGUGGAGCCGAGGGGGUCGCCCCCAACCAUAUACCCCUGGAGCAAGUUAUGCGGUCCACCUGGAGCACAGGCAGAAGUCAGCCCAACCACCACAGCCACCAUCCUGCUCAUCACCGAGGACACCACUAUUCCCAUAGUGACAGUAGACACAACCGACACCACAACCGCCGGGUGCCAGAGGGGAUUCACCUGCGCAGCUGUGGAGAUUUAAGCUUCUCGUCCACAGCGUCUCUUCAGCGACUGGUGUCACCCUGUCCGCCCCACGGCUCAUCGGGGGCUCUGUAUUCUGAGUCCGUGCUGUGAAGACGGCGUGGGUCGAGAGGUGAAGAGAUCCAAAAUGGUACAGUUAAAUGGUGAAGGGUUCUAGAGCAGAUAACAAUCACAUGAAACUUUUUAAAGCCUCGUCUGAAGCCACCUCAGCGAGCGGCCUGUUUGACGUUGAUCUCUGAAAACACUGACCAGAGGGGGGCGCUAUUUUCACUGAUGGUCAUCAAACUAAAACAGUCUAAAUCAGGGUCAGGUCAGGGUUUCUGACAUAUUCAUUGUUGACUCAGACCACUCUCAUGAAGCUAGAAACUCUUCCUCCAGACUUGUGACAGAACUCAUCGAUGACAUCACAACCACUUUAUCCCAUGUACGUGGAACCGAUGUCCACAACUGUGGCUACCUAAUUGCAUCUGGCCCAUUUCUAUCCUGUCAUAUAUCCACCCAACCACUAGAGGGAGGGGAUCAUGUAAACCUUUAUUUUGUCUUGCAGUCUUAACGUAAACUGCACCUGUAUCAACGUAUAACUAACACAGUAUGAAGAAGAUGAGGAGUAAAGCAGCCGGUAACAUUCUCAUUUUUCUAAAAGCCUGACAUUUACAUUUUUUUCCCACAUUCACAAAACUCUGUUGGCCUUCAAAAGAAAUUGCAACCAUUUCUAGCACUGAUAAUACUUAACAGACUCCAACGAACCUUGUAAAUGUUUCCUGGGUGGACGGCCCCCCCGGACGCACUGAUUUGUUCUGCAUAUGUGCAUGUUUUGCUAGCGCCCUCAGCGUAAAGCAGGAUCCCUGAGCUUCAAAUCCUGACGGUCUGUGUAUCUAAGUAACAUGUCCUCAGAAUGUCUCCCCCUGCAUGUUCGGAAAAAUGUUUAUCACUUUUUUUCCCCCUUCUCUUGCACCCAAGAACUAUGAUAUUAGCCACUAUUUGAAUGUGUCUGUGUUGUUAGAUGGCCCGGAGGAAAAAAGUCGGAGCAGGAAAUGUGUAGCGUUUCCAGGGUUUACUGCCAGAAAACUCCAAACAUGCCACUGAACCCUUCGUUGAUUUUUAUGGGGUUUGGAACAUAGACUACUGUCAGUCAGUCUGAUCCUGUAGAAUAGAUGUGUGAACUGUACAGUGACUGCAUACUGAGUGUCUUGCAAUAAACGUACAGACAUAUUUGAGUGUGAGCUGCGGCUUCAGAUAACGUCUCAGCAUGGUUCCCUCCCGCCCGGUUUUUUGAAAUGGUUGUGAGUGUACAGUAAAUGAAGGACAAAUAAAGAAGCUGAGUUGGUCUGUGGACACACAGCUUCUUUAUUCAAGUAUCAGAAAUAUGUGUAUCGGAAAAAGAGUAUUUUUCUUUGUAAGUCUUUUUGGCGUCACAGUAUCGACUCAUUGUAAGUAAUGGAACAUUUUUGGAGCACUAGUAAAUAUGUAAAUAUUAAAAAAAAAUCUACACACAAACACAGACACACUGGCACUCCCUUGUAAAGGCACCGGGCUGUGUUUCUACCUCUUCUUCUGCAUAAUGUAUUAUUUAUUGAAUAAAUGUACUAUAUCUGUAUGACAGGCUCAACAGAAAACAUGGCCUUGGAACCUGAAUUGUAAAUGUAUCAAAAUAUGACACCUACUCCAGAUUUUAAAUGCAGUGUCAAUGACAAAUCUUUCAAUGCAAGUUAUGUAUUUCAGCAUAUAAAAUAAAUAAUAGUACUAAAGUAUAAUACUUUUGUUGAUGUUUUGUACUAAAUAUGAAAAUGAAAAUUUAUGAUUACCUAUAAAAAAUUAUCUUCAACAGGUAGCAAUCAAGCAACAUGAAGGAUGUCAGCUGCUUUUAAUCCUCCAAAGAAGUUGUAAAUAUAGGGGGCAGAGGCAGAACCAGCUCAGAGAUGUAGAUUUAAGUUCAUAAUCUGUAC